AUGGCCGCGCGAGCCAAGGAGGAGCCCCCGCCGCCCCCGGCCGACCUUUACCGGGACACGUGGGUGCGCUACCUGGGUUACGCUAAUGAGGUCGGGGAGUCCUUCAGGGCUAUCGUGCCGGUCUCGUUGGUCUGGGCGAGCUAUGGACUGGCAACUGCCUACGUGACAGCAGAUGCUGUGGAUAAAGGCAAGAAGGCAGCUGCUACAACGCCGCAGGAGGAAGGGCGGACCACACGGGCAGCGGUGGCCGUUGUGGACACAUUCGUAUGGCAGGCUCUGGCUUCCGUGGUCAUUCCCGGUUUCACCAUUAACCGCGUCUGUGCAGCCUCCCUCUACCUCAUGGGCAGUAUGACCCGCUGGCCCGUCUCAGUCAGGAAGUGGGCAACCACAGCCGUCGGUCUCUCGGCAAUUCCCUUCAUCAUCAAACCCAUCGACAGGUCAGUGGAUUUCCUGAUGGACUCCAGUCUUCGCAAACUCUACAAGACAGACGAGAAUCCCCCCUCUUCCUUCUGAGUUGGCCCCCGCACCCUUCACAGUCCUGGAGUCAUCCACACAUGGUGGCCUCUACCUCUCUCUUCAGGCUGGACUUUGAAAUCCAACGUCGUGGGACCUGGAAAAGGCCCCUGCCUCACCCGUCCUGCUUAUCGCUGGGAGGGUGUGGGCGUCAAAGCAGGGAUUCGUCUUCUGGGCACCUCAGGACCUGUGCUAAAAUCCUAAGUGGAGAAUGGGGGAACUUGGGUGGGUGGGGAAUCUUCUAAUGGGUCAAUGGGACUGUGUGCGAUGUCAAGAAAUCCCUUUAGAUUUCAUUCCUGUACUGGCUACCAGACAGUGGGUCUGAGAUUUCCUUAGGCAUAGCAAUUGUCCUUUAUUUCAAAGAAUGGAUCCUUACUCAAUAGUAGUAAAUUCAGAAUUGCUCCUGUGACAAAUGUAGAUCUAAUGACAGCGGUUCCCAGCAGCAAUGUGGACAAGAGUACUGAAAGAGUGAUCAUUUUUUCUGCACUGUGAAAUCCCAAUGUCUGGGUUGCUAAUUGCACUAACUACUGCAACUUAAGCGUUGAUUCUGGGUAGCUGCUGUUACUGCUGUUCAGCUGGAAACCUCACCAGCCCUUCCCUGGUGGUAGCUGCUUAGAGCUACUGUACUUCUCUACUACCUGGCUUAAUAAGAAUGACAGUAAUUUAAAAAGCGUCACUUUAAAUCUGAAUUUCUGCCUGAGCAGUUCGCGUGAUCGUUUGCACAGCUAAUGAUACCUCUCAGCAAUUGACAUGGCAGCUUUGAGUGUUCAAAGAACUUCACAGUCCAUUCUUAAAUACUGGUAUAUUUCUUAUCUGACAUACCAGCGUGUCAAACCUACCCAGUGAUAGCAUUUAAUUAAAUUAGAAACAUUGACAACUAGGUAGUCAAACCUUAUAUAUCAUUGAUGGAUAAAAGAAAGAACUGGCAACUCUACCAGGGUCAAGAACACCACAGGGACGUUGUCUGUGUGGUGUGUAAGUACUGUAAGCACUAAUCUAACCAAUAUUUAAGUUCCGUUACUUGGGCAAGAGAGUUAAAUAUAGCUGGUGGCUGUUUUCUGUGAGAAUCUGAAUAUAGGUUUCAUGUGCUACGUGUGCACUAGAAUCCAGUUUUUAGGCUUUGAAGCGGCUAUCUAAGGAGGUUAUAACCCAGCUCAGUUUAAAAGUUAGCACAUUUAUUAGAUUAAAUUGUACAUCAGUUAUUUACAAGGAUAAUGGUUACAAAAUGAAGCGAUGGAUGGAAAAUACUGUUGUUGUUGUUGUUGUUGUUGUUUUAAAGUUAGAGACUCAAAUUAAGAAAAAAAGGAUGCCAUUGGAUUAGAAAGCUAAAUUAGCAGUCAAGAGAUUUAAUUAAUAAUUCAGGUGUUAUAUCAGCCAUGACGGUGCUCUUUUUUAUGGUUCAGAGAAGAAAGAUUUUGUCUAGCUUGACCAAAGCUAUGAGGACUUUGCAUUAAAAUCACGGACAGCUGUAGUUUUACUCAAGAGAGCCACUGAUUGAAUGUGGCA